ACCGCCUGGUCUCAGCGGCUCGCAGGGGGCUGGCGGGUCCUGGCUGCUCACCCUGGCGGCCCCUCGAUUCCAGGACUUCCCCACAUACGCUGCAGUUCUCCCCGCUGCUGCAGGACGUGUCUGCGCCGGAGCUGAUCGCCUCAGAGCGUCGAUGUUCUUCGCGAGAGGUGGGCUGACCCUGAACAACCAGACAUGCUAUGUGCUUGCUUCCUGCCUUGUUAGGACAGCGGAGAGAACUGGAGUGGCAGACACAAAAUAGAAGUCAAGUUCACACAAAUGCAGCCAGGGAUGCUUAGAAAGUAAUUUAAGGAGAAACAAACUGAAAACCCAGCCGACUACUGGAUAGCUUGAGUCACAUAAAUGUUUACAAGUGCAAAAACAGUCAUCCUUCUAUGCCAUACCAGGAAGCAGGUGAUAUGGGAGAGAAUUAUACAUACCAGAGGAGAGGGCUGGAACUAAGUGAUCUUUAAGGUCCAUUACAAACCAAGCCAUUCUGUAGCAUUGUUCCCAUGCAUGUCCAGAGCUGCCUUCAUCUGGAUCAUUCAGAGCCUGUUUUCUACUUGAGUUUGGUCCAAGAACUAGACAGCGGAACAUUGAAAUGCAAGGCAGGCCCUACGAAACUCCUGUGAAGCAAGGUGGAAGGAAGAGCAGGAAAAAAAGCAACCACUUAAAAAUAAGCCAAUAAAAACAGUCAUCUGGGAAGGAUGUUCUGCAAGUAAUAGAAUGUGUACAGAUAGCAGUAGAGGGGCAGUCUGACAAAAUGACAUCUGACAUGAAGCAAAGCGCACUGUCUUGGUGAGCAUUUGCCUGCAUUCCCAAGGAGGCUAAUCCAUCCUAGAUACAGUACGUGUAACUUCCGGGAAGUCUAAAGUGCUUCAACGAUAAGGAACGUGCGGUGUUCUCUGAAAUCGCUGUUUCACUCAGGCAGAUGUGCAUGCAUAUAUCUGCAGGAGACAACCAUAAAGCAUCAUCCUGAAGUCAUCCUAGCUAAAAAAAAAACAACCCAGCUCCAAAGAAACCACCAGAUGCUGAGACUUUACAUUCCUGAGGAAGAGAACUGCUCAGUAAAUACUCCUACACUGCCUCCAAGACUCAAAAAUCAAGAUAACUGGGUUUUCUCUUCUGCAAAAUGGAAGUGAAAAGGAAGCCUCUGUUCAGAAAGUGCCCAUGAAUACUCAAGGCAAGCUGUAGCACUGUCUGUUCAGUCCAGGUCACACUAAAUCCUGACGUGAGAAAAGCGCUGUAACAGAAGUGUUGCAAUUUUUGGUCCCCCCCCCUUCACUGACUCUGAUGGCUCCUCAGCAAAAAUUCCUAGCCCUAGGAGGAUGUACCCAUCUUGGGCAGGAAUAUGCUGACAGGGAUGUUUGGAAACCAGAGCCAUGCCAAAUCUGUGUGUGUGACUCUGGAUCUGUUCUCUGUGAUGACAUCAUCUGUGAUGACCAGGAGUUAGACUGUCCCAACCCAGAGAUCCCCUUCGGAGAAUGCUGUCCAGUUUGCCCGCAGACAACACCACAGCCUACAAAACUUCCAUAUACUCAAGGCCCCAAGGGAGACCCAGGCUCCCCUGGUUCUCCGGGCAGAACUGGUGCACCUGGGCCCCCAGGACAGCCAGGGAGCCCCGGAGCUCCCGGUCCACCUGGUAUCUGCCAGUCAUGUCCCAGCAUCAGUGGAGGUAGUUUCUCUCCACAGUAUGACUCCUAUGAUGUGAAGGCUGGCUCAGUUGGCAUGGGUUAUCCUCCCCAGCCCAUUAGUGGCUUUCCGGGACCCCCUGGCCCCAGUGGCCCACCUGGUCCACCUGGUCAUGCAGGUCCCCCGGGCUCUAACGGAUACCAAGGCCCCCCUGGAGAACCAGGACAACCUGGCCCUUCUGGUCCUCCAGGCCCUGCUGGAAUGAUAGGCCCAGCUGGCCCACCAGGAAAAGAUGGAGAACCAGGAAGACCAGGAAGGAAUGGAGACCGUGGAAUCCCUGGGUUACCGGGUCACAAGGGACACCCUGGAAUGCCUGGAAUGCCUGGAAUGAAAGGUGCACGAGGUUUUGAUGGAAAAGAUGGUGCCAAAGGUGACAGUGGUGCUCCUGGUCCAAAGGGUGAAGCUGGUCAACCUGGAGCAAAUGGAUCACCAGGCCAACCGGGACCAAGAGGUCCAACUGGUGAAAGAGGAAGACCUGGAAAUCCUGGUGGCCCUGGUGCCCAUGGCAAAGAUGGAGCUCCUGGAGCGGCAGGCCCACCUGGUCCUCCAGGUCCCCCUGGAACUGCAGGAUUUCCGGGCUCUCCAGGUUUUAAGGGUGAAGCUGGUCCUCCUGGCCCUGCUGGUGCUAGUGGCAGUCCUGGUGAGAGAGGAGAACCUGGUCCUCAGGGUCAAGCUGGGCCCCCUGGGCCUCAGGGUCCUCCUGGAAGAGCUGGAAGCCCCGGCAACAAGGGUGAAAUGGGACCUUCUGGGAUUCCUGGUGCUCCUGGUCUUCCAGGAGGCCGUGGUCUUCCUGGUCCUCCUGGUACAAGUGGAAACCCUGGAGCAAAAGGCACUCCUGGAGAACCUGGUAAGAAUGGUGCAAAAGGAGAUCCAGGCCCAAAAGGCGAGCGUGGUGAAAAUGGCACCCCAGGUGCUCCUGGACCUCCCGGUGAGGAAGGCAAGAGAGGUGCAAACGGUGAACCUGGCCAGAAUGGCGUCCCUGGGACACCUGGAGAGAGGGGCUCUCCUGGUUUCCGUGGCUUACCCGGUAGCAACGGACUUCCAGGUGAAAAGGGUCCUGCAGGUGAGCGUGGCAGCCCAGGUCCCCCUGGCCCAAGUGGACCUGCGGGAGACCGUGGUCAAGAUGGAGGCCCAGGUCUUCCAGGAAUGAGGGGUUUGCCUGGGAUUCCAGGAAGUCCUGGAAGUGAUGGGAAGCCUGGCCCCCCAGGUAAUCAGGGUGAACCUGGCCGUUCUGGUCCACCUGGCCCAGCAGGCCCACGUGGUCAGCCAGGUGUAAUGGGUUUUCCUGGUCCAAAAGGAAAUGAGGGUGCACCAGGUAAGAAUGGAGAAAGAGGCCCUGGUGGACCACCUGGAACUCCUGGUCCUGCUGGGAAGAAUGGUGAUGUUGGCCUCCCCGGUCCUCCUGGACCUGCUGGUCCUGCUGGGGACAGAGGAGAACCAGGACCGUCAGGUUCACCUGGCCUACAGGGUUUGCCUGGGGGACCCGGACCAGCUGGAGAAAAUGGGAAGCCUGGAGAGCCUGGGCCAAAAGGUGAUAUUGGAGGACCCGGAUUCCCAGGCCCUAAGGGUGAAAAUGGCAUCCCAGGUGAACGUGGUGCACAAGGUCCUCCAGGACCUACUGGAGCAAGAGGUGGGCCAGGUCCUGCUGGCUCCGAAGGUGCCAAGGGUCCUCCUGGUCCCCCUGGUGCCCCUGGAGGCACAGGGCUGCCUGGUUUACAGGGAAUGCCAGGAGAAAGAGGAGCUUCUGGGAGUCCUGGACCCAAAGGGGAUAAGGGAGAACCUGGUGGUAAAGGUGCUGAUGGCCUUCCUGGUGCAAGAGGAGAGCGAGGUAACGUAGGUCCCAUUGGUCCUCCUGGUCCUGCUGGCCCACCUGGAGAUAAGGGAGAGACUGGACCAGCUGGUGCCCCAGGUCCUGCAGGUUCCCGUGGUGGUCCGGGAGAGCGAGGAGAACAAGGUCUUCCUGGGCCUGCUGGCUUCCCUGGAGCUCCAGGCCAGAAUGGUGAACCUGGUGGGAAAGGAGAGCGAGGCCCACCUGGUCUGAGGGGAGAGGCUGGGCCCCCUGGAGCUGCAGGUCCACAGGGUGGUCCUGGUGCACCAGGUCCGCCUGGUCCCCAAGGAGUAAAAGGAGAACGUGGAUCUCCUGGAGGCCCUGGUGCUGCUGGUUUCCCUGGUGCUCGUGGUCUACCCGGUCCCCCUGGUAAUAAUGGUAGUCCAGGUCCCCCUGGUAAUGCAGGGCCUCCAGGCAAGGAUGGGCCUCCUGGACCCCCUGGUAACACUGGUCCUCCUGGUGGCUCUGGACCUCCUGGACUACGUGGUGAGCCUGGAGCACCAGGUGAAAAAGGGCCUCCAGGUGCACGAGGAGAGAGGGGAACACCAGGUGACCCAGGACCCCAAGGCAUCAUUGGUAGCCGUGGCAGUACAGGUUUACCAGGUCCACGUGGCCUCCCUGGCCCAGCUGGCAUGGCAGGUGGCAAGGGUGAAGAUGGUAAACCAGGUGUCAAUGGUGUCCCAGGAGAACGUGGUGCUCCUGGUCCACAAGGUCCCAUGGGUCAGAGAGGCUUACCUGGAGAGCCUGGCAGAGAUGGUAACCCUGGCUCAGAUGGCUCUCCUGGACGGGAUGGAUCCCCAGGCGGCAAAGGUGACCGUGGUGAAAGCGGCCCUCCUGGUGUUCCAGGACCUCCUGGUCACCCAGGGCCUGCAGGUAACAAUGGUGCCCCUGGAAAAGCUGGUGAAAGAGGAUUUCAGGGUCCACCUGGACCUCCUGGCUCUGCCGGUCCUGCUGGAGCUCGUGGACCUGCUGGUCCUCAAGGUCCUCGUGGUGAUAAAGGUGAAACUGGUGAACGAGGCAGCGCUGGCAUCAAGGGUCAUAGAGGAUUUCCUGGUACGCCAGGUCUCCCUGGUCCUCCUGGUCCCCUAGGUCCUCAAGGUGCAAUUGGAAGUCCAGGAGCUUCAGGAGCAAGGGGUCCACCAGGACCAGCUGGGCCCCCUGGAAAAGAUGGUAGAGGUGGCUAUCCAGGUCCAAUUGGUCCUCCUGGCCCGCGGGGUAACAGAGGUGAAAGUGGCCCUGCAGGUCCACCAGGCCAGCCUGGUCUACCUGGCCCUUCUGGUCCGCCUGGUCCAUGUUGUGGUGGUGGCGUAGCUUCCCUGGGUGCUGGAGAAAAAGGUCCAGUGGGCUAUGGAUAUGAAUAUCGAGAUGAGCCAAAAGAAAAUGAGAUCAACCUGGGUGAAAUCAUGUCUUCAAUGAAGUCAAUUAACAACCAGAUUGAAAAUAUCCUUAGUCCUGAUGGAUCACGAAAGAAUCCAGCUCGCAACUGCAGAGAUCUGAAAUUCUGCCAUCCUGAGCUCAAGAGUGGAGAGUACUGGAUUGAUCCUAACCAAGGCUGCAAGAUGGAUGCAAUUAAAGUGUACUGUAAUAUGGAAACUGGUGAGACAUGCCUCAGUGCUAACCCUGCCACUGUGCCAAGGAAAAACUGGUGGACUACUGAAAGUAGUGGAAAGAAACAUGUAUGGUUUGGAGAGUCUAUGAAGGGUGGUUUCCAGUUUAGCUAUGGAGAUCCUGACCUCCCUGAGGAUGUCUCUGAAGUUCAGCUGGCAUUCCUCCGCAUCCUCUCCAGCCGUGCCUCCCAGAACAUCACCUACCACUGCAAGAACAGCAUUGCCUACAUGGAUCAAGCCAGUGGGAACGUUAAAAAAGCCCUGAAGCUGAUGAGCUCUGUGGAAACUGAGAUCAAGGCUGAAGGAAACAGCAAAUACAUGUAUGCAGUUCUGGAAGAUGGCUGUACUAAACACACUGGUGAAUGGGGUAAAACAGUCUUUGAAUACAGAACACGCAAAACAAUGAGGUUACCUGUGGUUGAUAUUGCACCCAUAGAUAUUGGUGGUCCCGAUCAGGAAUUUGGUGUGGACGUUGGCCCGGUCUGCUUCUUAUAAAUCAAAGAUCCUGCUCUUUCUGACACCCCAGCAAACAGAUUCACACUCCAACUGUGCUCCUUUGUUUUAACCCUGUCAGCUAGUACAGAUGACCAUCUGUAUCCCAGUUAUUUAUUAACAAAAUUUCUGGGGGAAAUCAAUUUGAUAUCAAGGGUUAACUUUUUUUUGCUAUUACACAAAGUACAGUAAAAAUGCUUUUGCUUCUUUUUUUUAAAACCAAAUUCCAUCUUCAGAACACAUCUCCGUGGUGCUAUAAUGAAACUUCAACACUUAAAAAAAACAACACUGUGUUCUAUUAGUUGAAUGUUAGCCAAUUUCCAAAGCACUGGUUGUUCCCAGUACCAAAGUUUACCCUUAUUUCUAAGAUGCAGUCCAUAAAGCUAGAAAGACUUCCCUGUUUCAACUACCUCAACAUGGCUAGAAACAGGGCUAAGUCAAACAAAAAAUUUGAUCCAAUCAAUCAAAAUACAUUGAAUCCAUUGGUCAAGUCAGUGGAAUCAUUUCGUACAAAAUUGCCCAUUUCUGUACUGAUCAGCUGUGAAAAAGUACAGUCUACUUUAAGAGUUUAAUACCUUCAUGGCAGUAGUGACCACAGUUUUAUUGUUGGAUUGUAUUCUGUUAUCAAAGGUGCUUCUCUACUUUCCUGUCAUUGCUGGUCAAGACCACUAAAAUUAGGGAAGUAUAAAAGACUAAUAUGAUGGUGCUAAUGUAUUUUUCACUCUAACUCUGCAAGUCAGGGUUAUUGACUUGCUUGGAGAACCAAAAGAAAGGAUUAAAAGCAAUUGUAAAUGUCUCCUGUCCAAGAUUGUCAUUGGCAUGUCAUAGCUUUCUCCCUUCACUCUAUAAAAGUCAAUAAAGAUGCAAAAUUUUGAACUGUCACAUUAACACAUUUGUAGUGUUGAAGGUUAACCAUCUUUGUAAGCUUUUAUACGGUUGUUGGUCUAUUCCUUACAGAGACACAUAAUAAAAUACCUUAAUAAAACUCCUUGUUGUUUCAUAAAA